GGCCGGUUGGGCUGGUUAUGUAACACGUGAAGCUCCCGUGCACAUGGCUGCUACUACAAUGGAUGCACGCCACAUUCAGCACUAUUAAACGUCAUCAUCAUUAUUAGUUAAGAUCGUUAUCGACCAUCUGGGCGACAGUGCUACUUGCGGCAUAUGCAGUACUACAAAUGAACAGCUGUGAUUUUUUUUUUACCACCACUGAAUCCAAUUCAACUCACCACUCUGUCAUCCCGAGUGCUCGCCUCGAACGCCCAGACGAGAGAGAGUCGAACCGCACAGACAGAAGACGUACGCGGCGUUGGCAACAUGGUGCCGUGAGAGAGGCUCCGAGCGAAGGAAAGGGGCAAACACAUAUCAGUCACCCGAGACAGGAGUGCGACGGUGGGGUGGAGGGGGGCGACCGAUCGACAUAGGCCAACCGCUGGAAUCUGUGACAUUUUUUUCCCCCCACCACCGGAACCUCUGUUAGGGGAACGUACGGACGGCGAGGGAGGCGAGGCGCGACGUCAUAUUUACUCCGCUUCGAGGUCUUGUCCUAUUUUGGUUGGUGAGGGAACGUGCGGCCAAGCUGUCUCACAUUAAAAUAUGGAAUGCUCUCUGCACCCACCAUCACUAGUCUCUAAUCUUCGGACUCAACUCCAAAAGCGUAGUUAACAGCUGUGCUCCACCCCUCCAGCUCUUUCUGACCAGGGGACGAAGAAAAGGAGCGGGCCUAGCAACGCCUCAAGCCCCAAGCAGUUCUUUCCCUUUUUAGAGUAUUUAAGAUUUGAUUCUACUGCUUGUGGAUUGAACGCACCUCAAGAUGGAUCUGGAUUCGUAUCUGUGGAUGGUGAUUUUUGGCUUCAUCAUUGCCUUCAUCUUGGCCUUUUCGGUUGGCGCCAACGACGUGGCCAACUCGUUUGGCACGGCAGUGGGCUCCGGCGUGGUCACGCUGAAGCAGGCCUGCAUCCUGGCGUCCAUCUUUGAGACGCUGGGCUCGAUGCUGCUGGGGGCGAAAGUGGGCGAGACCAUCCGCAAAGGCAUCAUCGACGUCAACUUGUACAACGACACCGUGCCCGUGCUUAUGGCGGGCGAGGUCAGCGCUAUGGUCGGCUCGGCAGUGUGGCAGCUCAUCGCCUCCUUCCUCAAACUGCCCAUUUCCGGAACCCACUGCAUCGUGGGCGCCACUAUCGGCUUCUCCAUGAUCGCCAUUGGCACGAAGGGCGUCCAGUGGAUGCAGCUGGUUAAGAUCGUGUCGUCGUGGUUCAUCUCCCCCUUGCUAUCUGGACUCAUGUCUGGCGUCCUCUUCCUUCUCAUCAGGAAUACCAUUCUCAACAAGGAAGAUUCUGUUCCCAAUGGCCUGCGAGCACUGCCGCUCUUCUACGCCACAACCAUUGGAAUUAACACCUUCUCCAUCAUGUACACUGGCGCUCCACUGCUGGGGUUAGAGAUGCUGCCGGUGUGGGCCAUCUUUCUCAUCACCUUGGCCGGAUCGCUGGUGUGCGCAGCUGUAGUCUGGAUCUUCGUCUGCCCUUGGAUGAAAAGGAAAAUAGCAAGCCGACUAAAGAAGGAGCAGGCUUUGUCCAGGAUCUCCGACGAGAGCCUGGACAAGAUCCCCGAGGAGGAGGAGGAGAGCCCCGUCUUUAAAGAGCUGCCUGGGGCCAAGGGCACAGAUGAGGCCGUGCUGCCGCUAACUGGGGGCAGCAGCGAGAGGAACGCGCGCACGUCCAACAGUGAACUCACCAAUCUGACCAACGGCGGCACCGUCAUGCCAAACGGACGAGUUUAUGCCCGCACGCAUUCGAUGACCAACGGCUGCCUCAAGUCGCCCGUCUCUAACGGCAGCUUUAGCUUCGACGGUCACAUGCGCAGCGACGGCCAGGUGUACCACACGGUGCACAAGGACUCGGGCCUGUAUAAAGACCUGCUGCACAAAAUCCACCUGGGCCGAAUGGACGACAACGAGCGCCCCGGCGCCGGCCCGCCCGACAACAACUACCGAUUGCUGCGUCGCAACAACAGCUACACCUGCUACACGGCGGCCAUCUGCGGAAUGCCCGUGCAGCCUCUAAUGCGCACGGAGUCUCGCGACGACAGCGAGAAGCUGGUCGGGGAGGGCGGCGGCGGGCGCAGCAACAGCGUGUCCUACUCCAAGAAGCGCAUACGCUACGACAGCUACUCGUCCUACUGCAACGCCGUGGCCGAGGCGGAGAUCGAGGCGGAGGAGGGCGGCGUGGAGAUGAAACUGGCUACCGAGCUUGAGGGGGUCGAGGAAGAAGGGGGGUCCGCACCGGUGCCUCUGGACGACAUGGCUGAGGAGGAUCACGAGGAGAAGGAUAAGUCGGAGGUGUUUCUGCUUUUCCACUUCCUGCAGAUUCUCACCGCCUGUUUUGGCUCCUUCGCUCAUGGAGGCAACGACGUCAGUAAUGCCAUCGGACCUUUGGUAGCGCUGUGGAUGAUCUACGACCAGGGUGGUGUGAUGCAGGACGCCGCAACUCCCAUCUGGCUGCUGUUUUACGGCGGCGUGGGCAUCUGCGCCGGCUUGUGGGUGUGGGGCCGCCGGGUCAUCCAGACCAUGGGGAAGGACUUGACUCCCAUCACACCCUCAAGUGGAUUCACUAUUGAACUGGCGUCCGCACUCACAGUCGUGUUGGCUUCCAAUAUCGGAAUCCCUGUCAGUACCACACACUGCAAGGUCGGCUCGGUGGUGGCCGUGGGCUGGAUCCGCUCCAGGAAGGCGGUGGACUGGCGCCUCUUCAGGAACAUCUUCCUGGCGUGGUUCGUCACCGUGCCCGUGGCCGGCCUGUUCAGCGCCGCCGUCAUGGCCGUGUUCGUGUACGGCAUCCUCCCCUACGUGUGAGGGAGGGGCCAGCGUGGACGACCCGAGGGUCCGACGGGAAGGCCGGAGAGUCGCUCGCUCGCUUG